CAUGCUACAUACAUGGACACGAUGUUACACCUGCCCAACGAAGAAGGCCCUUCCCAGUGCUCCUCCACCUCUGUUUUGUACAUAAGACGCCGCUUGUUCCCGUCCACGUUGUUUUCUUAGUAAGGAAAAAAUACUCGGAUUCGAUUCUGACAGAUGACUCGGAUCUUCUUUACUGCUACUGCUGCUGCUGCGGCAGUGUGGAUAUCGGGCGCCGCCGCCGCCCUCUCGGACAGCGAUUGCGAUUGCUACCGCACAUCCGCAAACGACGUCUUCACGGACUACACGCUCUCCGAUUUCCGCCGCGUAGGCAGUCCUAAAGCCGUUCCGGAGUUGCAAUCAACCCUCCCGGACUCGGCGUUCCGCAGCACGCCGGACGCAGACACUGGCGUGCUGCAGGACGGGUUCAUAUCGGGACCGAAGUGGAAUCAAAGUUGGACGAUCCAGGAGUGGGGCAGGCCAAAGGCGAAUGAUACACUGUACCCGAUGAGCAAUAGCUUCAGCAAUGUCUUUAUCGAUCGGAAUAAGGAUGGUGAUAAAAAGGCGAAGACGAAGCUCGUGUUGAGGACUAGACGGUUUGAGGGGUUUCAGAGUGCUGCCGAGGUCGAGCAUCAGCAAAAGAAUCUACUCUACGCAUCGGCCCGGUUCCGAGCCAGGGUCAUUGGUGAUGCGGGUGCAGUGGCAGGACUGUUUUACUACCAGAACGGAAACAACGAGAGUGACAUUGAAAUCCUGACUCGAGAUGAUCCCACGAUAAUUCGUUACAGCAAUCAGCCCACCGUUGACGAUGAUGGCAACCAGAUACCAGACUCAUCAACCAUAUUCAACUUGGCCACAAAGCAGAGGAGAGACGACAUCGAAGACAAGAAGAAGCGCUCUUUUCUCUCCCCACGGGCUGACGGCGACCUUGCAUGGACGGAGUGGCACACUCACCGUAUCGAUUGGAUUGCGGGGAAAUCCUCGUGGUAUGUCGACGGAGAAUUUGAGCUCGAGAAGACAUACGGUGUACCGACCGUACCUUCAUAUAUCGUCCUGAACAUGUGGGGAGAUGGUGGAGUAUGGAGCGGCGAGAUGGAAGUUAACGCCGAGGCGAGACUUGAGAUCGAGUGGAUCGAGAUGGCAUUCAAUACUUCGGGCCCCGUCGAGGGUGUUCCCGACGAAGAGGAUAAUGCACGGAGGAAAUCCAAGAGGGCCGACGCGUGUACGAAGAUGUGUACUCUCGGCGACGGCGCGCCCCAUCAGUCCGGUGCAGUGGGUCUUCGGAGGACAGAUAGCCGCUUGGCCAUUGCCGUUGCUAUCGGAGCAAUGGUGCUCUUUGUUGCUUUCUGAGUUAUCCGUAUACUGCCUGUGGUUUAGCCGUAUUGUUUUGCAUCGAGUUCGGGGUUUACUGAGCAGUCG